AUGGUUUCCACAACCAGCAAAUCGGAUUCGAAGCACGAGGAGAGACAAACCCUAAACUCGAAAACCCCUAAAAAUCUCUACCAAAUCGGAGGACUUCAAGUCGAAUUCCCUUAUCAGCCGUACGGGACCCAGCUAGCGUUCAUGAGCCGGGUCAUUUCUACGCUCGAUCGCGCCCAGAGAGACGGUCACUGCCACGCGCUGCUCGAGUCUCCCACCGGUACGGGGAAAUCUCUGUCCUUGCUCUGCUCGGUUCUCGCUUGGCAGCAGAACUAUAAAUCGCGGCUUCUCAAAGGGAAUUUGUCUCAUUCGAAACCUGCGCCGGAAGCAGCCACCGAUCCAUUGAAUCAUGGAGGCGGAUUCAUACCGGAAACCCAACCCUCAGAUACUCCUUUACCUAGCAAUGCGGAGGCAACUAAGAAAAGAGCCAAAAUUCCUACGAUAUACUAUGCUUCACGAACUCAUUCUCAGAUAACUCAAGUAAUUCGUGAGUAUCGGAAAACUGGUUACAGAGUUCCCAUGGCCGUAUUGGCUUCACGGAAACAUUACUGCACUAAUCGUCAUGUUCAUGGGAAAGACAAUGUAGAUGAAGAAUGUCGGUUGCUCCUAAAAGAUAAGGGAAACAUACAAUGUUCUGAGUUCAAGUGA